AACCAGAAGCUCUAAUCUUUCCGUUAAAAAUCCGGCGAAUCUUUAGCUGAUUCUUUGCUUCGCUUCAAGGGUAGUUUUGAAUCUUGGAGGGUUGGUCGAUUGACAAUUCAAAGGUGCAUCUUGUGCUUUCAUGAAGUAUGGAAGCUGAGGAUGUGAUUAAGGUUCCAUCUCCUAGCGAUUUGGAUUCUGGAAGUGAGAGUGGUGAAAUUUGUGAUUCUGAUAAUUCUGGACCUCAUGAAGCUGACUCUCAGCCUGGUAACUGUGAGAAGAAUGAUGACACAGUAGAAGGAGAAAAAAUAGAACUUGAUGAAGUUGAUCUUGGAAGUGCUCAGAGCCAGGUAGCGGCAAAGCAGGGCGAGGAUGAUUCAUCUGCCAAGCAACUGAAUACUGCAAUGUCUGAAGCUGUUACUUUCAGAGAGAAACCGGAUGGUUUCAGCACUGAAGUGCUUUCUAAAACAGUUACAGUUGAAGCGAAAUUAGAUAGCUCCAUCUCUAGAAUGGAAGCUGAUGAUCAUUUAAAUGUUCAAAAUGGAAGUCCCAUCCAGAACGCUAUUGUGGAUGGUACUUCUAUAUCCAGUUCCAGUAUUAAGAAAGUGGGGAUGGCAAAUGAUGAUCAGCAGCCUUCUGUUCAUGUUAUAUAUAGUUCCUUAACAAGAGCUAGUAAACAGAAGCUUGAGGAAGUCUUGCAGGAGUGGUCAAAGUGGCAAGCUGAACAUGGUUCUUCAUCACAAGAUGAGAAUGAAAUCAUAGAAUCUGGUGAAAAGACAUACUUCCCUGCUCUAUGGGUUGGUAUUGAGAAGACCUCUGCUGUGUCAUUCUGGAUAGACAGCCAAACAAGCAAUGAGCAUGAUAAGGGGUUCAUCCCCUUGGAUAGUGAUACUGUGCCUCUUUAUGAUCGUGGUUAUGCCUUCGGUUUGACUUCAGCAGAUGGUUCAAGUAAAUUGGAGGGAGGCUUGGAGAUAAUAAGAGAUGCCAGUCGAUGUUUCAAUUGUGGUUCUUACAGUCAUUCAUUGAAGCAAUGCCCAAAGCCUCGUGAUAAUGCUGCUGUCAUUGAAGCUAGAAAACAACACAAUUUGAAAAGGAAUCAGAGUGCUGGAUCUCACAACUCUAUUCGUUAUUAUCAGAGUUCCCAAGGUGGAAAGUUUGAUGAUUUAAAGCCAGCUUCUCUGACUGCUGAAACACGACAACUUUUAGGACUAGGGGAGUUUGAUCCACCUCCCUGGCUUAACAGAAUGCGAGAAAUUGGGUACCCACCAGGAUAUCUAGACCUAGAUGAUGAGGAUCAACCAUCUGGAAUCAUAAUAUACACUGAUGGAGUAUUUGUUGAAGGACAGGAAGAUGGGGAAAUUUCUGAGAUGAAAGAUGAGACUAUAGAUGGUGAGCGUCCUAACAAAAAGAGGAAAAAGACUAUUGAAUUUCCAGGAAUAAAUGCACCAAUUCCAGAAGGAGCAGAUGCUAAGCGUUGGGCACAUGCUCCUGCUCCUGCUCCUUCAAGUUCUGAUCCAUCUAGGAAUAGAUCACCCCAAAGAUCAAGUCUUCAUUCAGAACAUGGCAGCCGAGGAUACCAUCAUGAGCAAAGGUACAGGAAUUUCAGGGAUGACGGACCUCCUGGAGUGGACCCUGGAUUUAGUUUAUCCAGGUCUUAUCCUCCAAGGUAUGACAGUUACAUGGAUCAGAGCCCUCUCCCAACAAGAUUAGAAUCUGACAGGGGUAGAAGGAGUCCUUUGUCAUGUGAUGAUUUUACCCGCUAUGAUUACUCCGGUCCCUCACGGUAUCCAUCAUCAGAUAGGCGCACUUAUCCAAGGGAUCAUUCUUGGAGUUCUGAAGACCGCCAUAGAUAUCAUAGUAGGCGGUAAAUGGCACUUAUUUAAAUUAUCUUCUCAUCCCAGGGUUUCAUCUUGAGUAGUUCCUUCCACACCCAACAUGCAGAUUCCAGUUCAACUCGAGGAAAUGUACCAUUUGGUGUAGUCUAUCGUCUAUGAUUCUACUUGAUACCAGUUUUUAGUUAUAUAAGUUAGAUGUACACUUGAGAUUUUGGUAGCACCGGAACCUGGAAGUGGAUCAUUGUGCCAUGAAAUAGAUAGUCCUCUAAUCAACUUAGAAACAAAUUGCUUAGUGUGAUUCUUCAAUUAGUUGUAAUUUAACUAGGAUUUUUCCCUUUGAGUUGGUGGUUUAUUUUUAUUUAUUUUCAUCAGAAAAGAAAGUGUAUGGCUUAUUUCAUGAUAAAGAUGAAUCUCAUGUACGGUUCACGCAAUUGCAGUAUUU